GGAGCAGCUUUUGCAAAUGCAUUUUGGCGAUGGCCGUCUUCGGCUCCACGACGAUUCGGACCGACGGCAGCGCGGACUGGGCGUCCCACUCCGCGACGAAUGGGCGGGACAGCACCGACUUGUUGCCGUGGAAGGUGGACCGCAGUAUUCCGUGACGCGCGGUGAGGGUCUGGAUGCCUGUGAUGUCCAGUGUCCGAGGAUGCCAGUGUGAAUUUCAUUGUCAAAUUGUACAGGGUGUGCUGUGGCUGAGCAGAGUAAGCCAUCCACAUCCCCUCUUGAGCUCUGGUCAUGGGGUAGACGGAAGUCACACUGGCAUCGAGUUCGACUCCCUCGAUGAGGAAUCAAGUAUGGGGCUCUUCGUGUCUAAUGAGACGAUUCUCUGAAGGAUAGUUUUAUGCGAUAAUCACUAGAACUCCGUCCGUAAUGCACCGAA